CUUGCUGUGGUGAUGUGUUGGGCUGAGUGGGUGACAUGCUGGCGUCCCCCUCCCCACGGCCGCUCACUUGUCCACCGUGUGAGUGGGAGCGAGCCACGCCGGACAUGUGAAGCCUGCUAUGGAGGAGCUGUUGGGUCAAAAUGAGCGCGAGCACUGAAAAUGUCAGCAACUUGUGGGAAAAUGGGACCUCCGAGGGGAACCGCGAAGUGGACCUCAGGCGGGCCAUCCCGCUCGGAAUGGCGCUGGGGGCUUUCAUCACGUUCGCCAUCGCGGGCAACAUCCUCGUCAUCCUCUCGGUGGUGUGCAACAGGCACCUGCGCACCCCCACCAACUACUUCAUCAUCAACUUGGCCAUCGCCGACCUGCUGCUGGGCACCACGGUGCUGCCGGUGUCGGCCACCCAGGAGAUCCUCGACCGCUGGGUGUUCGGCAGGAUCUGUUGCGACAUCUGGGCGGCGGUGGACGUGCUGUGUUGCACCGCGUCCAUCAUGAGCCUGUGCGUCAUCUCCAUCGACCGCUACAUCGGCGUGAGUCACCCGCUCCGGUACCCCGGCAUCGUGACGGAGAGGCGGGCUCUGCUGGCCAUGCUCGGGGUGUGGCUGCUGUCCGUGGUCAUCUCCAUCGGACCCCUGCUCGGCUGGAAGCAGCCGCCGUCGCCGGACGACGCCGUGUGCGCCAUCACCGAGGAGCCCUUUUACGCGCUCUUCUCCUCGCUCGGCUCCUUCUACAUUCCUCUGGCCGUCAUCCUGGCCAUGUACUGCCGCGUGUAUAUCGUGGCCAAACGCACCACCAAGAACCUGGAGGCCGGCGUCAUGCGCGAGAGGAUGAACUCCGGCGAGCUGACCCUGAGGGUCCACAAGGGCGCUCAGGCUCAGGCGCACGACGGUUGCGGGGGUGGCGCGGGCAAGGGCCGCGGGCACCAGGCCAGAAGCUCCCUCGCGGUCAAACUGCUCAAGUUCUCCCGGGAGAAGAAGGCGGCGAAGACUUUGGGAGUUGUGGUGGGAAUGUUUACACUUUGUUGGCUGCCCUUCUUCCUCGCCCUGCCCAUUGGCUCUUUCAAUGUGAAUCUACGCCCACCUGAUCUCCUCUUCAAGGUGAUCUUCUGGUUGGGCUACUUCAACAGCUGCCUGAAUCCCAUCAUCUACCCUUGCUACAACCGCGAGUUCAAACUGGCCUUCAUUCGCAUCCUGCGGUGCCAAUGGCAUCAGCGCAAACGCCCCGGGUGGAGUUCAUAUAAUUACCGUUCCUCCACAUUCAGCUCUUCUGGGCAUUCCCGCAAAGGCUCCAAUGACCACACCCCCGGUUGCUCGAACGGCAGUCAGCGUACGCCGCCGUCCUCGGCCAGCCCGAGCCCUAGCUACCUCGGCAAGGGUCUACCGCCGUGCACUGAGGGCGAGGCAUUGCACACCUGGUCAACAACUCCCUCCACACCCAACAUAUUGCCUGGCAGCCACACAGACUGCCAGCAGGGCUGUGUCAUCACAGCUUUUAAGGGAGGGGAAGCGGGGCUGACUGCUGGUGCAGUUUUUUCUUUCCCCUUUGGGAAGGAAAAAGACAAGGCAGUGGUUGGAAAAGAACCACUUUACAAUGUGUGACUGCAUCCACUGUAGGUGAUGACUAUGACUUCUCCGUCCCUGAAACAUAAAAGGUUCUCUGUGGUCGACACGACAGGAUCUAGCUGCUGAGAUUUGUUUUUAUGUGUGGGCAUUGACACAAUUAAUUAAGGAAGAUGGACAAAAUAGGAGGCUUGGGAAAAUUUUUAAAUUAUCUGAAUCGUAAAGCCUGAACGUGACCUGAUUGAUGUAAAAUGUGGAAAACUGUAUUCAUUUCAGUCUUUUGAUUUGUUAUUGUAAUGUUGUGGAAUUAAAA